GCCGUCCCGAAGAGAGGCAGCCCAGGGAUGUUCUCGCGGGCUGGCGACCACUGGCUAGGCUUGCCAUAGCCUCCCGUAACUUGUCCAGGUGGUAUAUCCUCGUCAAGAUUGCAGUAGUCGUUACGGAUCGCCACGUACCUGACUUUGUUUGUUGACUUACUGCUGCAGCCUCGCCAGACACAAAAGCUGUUUCUGUUCUACAACUCGUUAGCACUGAGAGUGACUUUGACCAUGAUCAUGGCAGAUCCCCAAGCGGGUGCUGAUUUUCAAUUCCAGGAUCGACCAGUCAACCAGGGUCGAGAGAUACGAGCCAUAAUUAUUGGUGCAGGUGUUUCUGGAAUCGGCACAUACAUCCGCUUACUGCAGUACGUCCCUAACAUCAAGAUCACCAUCCUGGACAAGAACCCUUCAAUUGGAGGCACAUGGCACGAGAAUCGCUAUCCAGGUGUUGCGUGCGACAUUCCAAGUCACGUCUACCAGUACACCUUCGAGCCCAACACUCAAUGGAGCAAGUACUUCUCCCCUGGUGCUGAAAUCCAAGAGUAUGUCAAACACGUGGCGAAGAAGUACAAGGUCGACCGGAAAGUUCGUCUGAACACCAAAGUGACUGCGGCAACUUGGGACGAGCAAGCCGGUACUUGGGCUGUGGACACAGAGACCAACAGCGCUGAAGGUGGCAAAGUCAAUGGCAGACUCGAGGCCGAAGUUGUCAUCAAUGCGACCGGACUCCUUAACAAGUGGAAGUGGCCCGAGAUUCCUGGUCUCCACGACUUCCAGGGCAAGCUACUUCAUUCAGCAAACUGGGAUACUUCAUGGGAUUGGACCGACAAGAAGGUUGCAUUGAUAGGUUGUGGAUCAUCGGCUAUCCAAAUCUUGCCUAAGCUGCAAGCAAAGUCCUCUGCAGUAUACAAUUUCGCCCGCGGUGGUACAUGGAUCAGCCAGCCUUUCGGCUCAAGUUUCACAGAAGCGACGCUCGCACAGACCGAUGAGCCUGGCAACUAUACCUAUACAGCAGAGGAACUCCACAAAUUCGCCGAAGAUCCCAAGUAUUACAAAAAGUUCAGAAAGGGUGUCGAGAGGUACAUCAACAUGGACUACCCGUGUCUUUUCCCAGGCUCACCGGAAGAAGUCGCCGGUACAGAGGCCAUCAUGUCAAAUAUGAAAAACAAGCUUGCCUUAAAGCCGGAGAUAUUUGAAGCACUCAAGCCUCGUUUCGUUCCAGGUUGCCGAAGACUCACGCCUGGUCCCGGAUACCUUGAGGCUUUGACCAAGGACAACGUCUCAUUCAUCAAGACGCCUGUGACAAAAGUCACGAAGAGUUCUGUCCUUACAUCCGACGGCAAGGAAUACGAAGUCGACGCCAUCGCCUGCGCCACCGGCUUCGACACCAGUUUUAUGCCCCAUUUCCCCAUCACUGGCCGCGACGGUCUCCAAGUCAGCGACGUAUGGUCUGACCAUGCGUCAGCCUACAUGUCGCAUUCGGUCCCCGGAUUUCCAAACUACUUCUUUGUCGGCGGCCCCAAUUCAGCUACCGGUGGUGGUUCGCUGUUGAUCAUCUUCGAGUCUCUGAUCGGCUACGUCGUCAAGGCUGUGCAAAAGAUCAGCCGUGAGCAUCUCAAGGCCAUGGAGGUCAAGAAGUCGGCGCUGACGUCCUGGAACGGCUAUCUAGAGAAGUACUUCCCACUUACGGUGCACGUAGACGACUGCACGAGCUGGUAUAAAGUCAACGGGAAGAUCACGGGACUGUGGCCGGGAAGCAGUCUACAUGCGAGGGCGACACUCGAGAAUCCCAGGUGGGAGGAUUACGAAUAUGAGAGCUUGGAUGGGCACGACCCGCUUGAGUGGCUGGGCAAUGGUUGGACGAUCGCUGAUAAGGAGAGGGGAGAUCUGAGCUUUUAUCUUGAUGAGGUCGAUUAUCCGCCUGUGCCUAGUGAUGAGGUACUGGCGAAGCAGCCAUAGAGCCGUGUCACCGUGUAAUUGACCGACGAAAGAGUAUGGUAUUGUCUGACUGGGUUACUGAUCUCUCACGGCACGAUCAAAGGCGUCAAGGGCAAUAGACUCGGCUGAAUAACUUCCACGUUAUAGGAAGCCAGUGCGCAAUGAGCCACAGUAGAAAGAGGGAGUGGAAG